CACCUCAGUCACGAUUUCGAUCUCGCCACGUCAACUUGUACGUGUACGACGAGUCUACUUUCCGUAAACUUUAGAAUUCUCGUUACGGAACGUAUAUCGUUUAUCUCAAUCGCCGGAAAAUUUGUGAUCGUCCGGAAUUUUUGUGCGUGAAGUGAUUUAUUAAAUCUAUAUCAGUGGCGUUAAUUUGCGGCUGUUUUUGGUUUUACUUCCCGUAACAGCCGUGACUACAUACAAAUUAUACGUCAGGCAGCUAAAACACAAGGUUAAAGUUAUAAAAAACUAAACAAAAUGCUAAGACUGAUAAUUUUAACUACGCUUAUAUCAAUAAGUUUAUCCAAAACAUGUGAAAAAAAAACUAGUGUAGACAUAACAAACGGAGUGCACAUGACAGAUGGUGCCAUCCAUCACAGAGGACUUCGGUACGGUUCGCAGAAGUACUACACCGACAGUAACAACACUGUCAGAGGCUGUGUGUGCGAGAUAAAGACUUGCGCCUCUAAGUGUUGCCCUUUAGGAUACGGGUACAGUCGACAGAAGAGGGACUGCGAGAAACUGCCUGAAGACACGUUCGAUCCUCCUGUUUUGGAUGAAUAUUUUCACCCCGAACGGGUGAAGGCGAAGGAUCAUUUUCAUUUCAUCGAAGGAAGGCCGGACUGUGAAGGAUCCAAUAAAGCGCGCAUUAUCAUUUCGCAACUCACUACUGAAUACCACUUGAGAAUUGACGGGAGACUUUACACCGAAGUAAAGCAUAACAUUCCACCGUGGAUGCUGAAAACGCAGAACGAGUAUUGCGUGGACACAUUCAUUGUAGAGAAAGAGGAUGGCUCGAGGAAGACCAGCUUCGACGCUCUAGUGUGCUUCAAGAGGGACGAAGACAACCAACAUUACGGAAUCAGUUCAUCAUGUAUGCUCAUUUCGUGCCUAUUCAUCCUCGCGACUGUGGGGGUCUACGGCUGGUUACCGGAGCUACGGAACCUGCACGGAAGGGUGCUGAUGAGCUACCUCAUGUGUCUCUUCGUGGCCUUCGCCUUCCUCAGCACCAUGCAGAUCUUGCUCAUGUCUAACAACAUCACCAUCAACCAAUGUGUUGGUUUCACUAUAGUCAUCUACUUCAGUCUGCAAUCAGCAUUCUUUUGGUUGAACGUGAUGUGCUUCGACAUCUGGUGGACUUUUAGUGGAAAUCGUGGUAUGACCAUAGAGAAAAUGACAUUACGAGCCAAGUUCUGCGCGUACGCUCUUUACGCAUUCGGCAUACCGUCUGUUUUAACCAUAAUAAUGGCAUCUUUGGAAUUUUCUGGACUACCGCCGCACCCGUUACUGCCUAUGAUACGACGACAAGGAUGCUUCUUGUAUGGUAAAAGCAGACUGUUCUAUCUGUACGGACCAAUAGUGGUGCUGUGGUUCGCAAAUCUGUUAUUUUUCAUCCUGACCGCUGUGAAGAUAACGCAGAUUAAAAAGCAGACUUCAGUUCUAAAGUCCCGGGAGAGCGCCACACACGACAGACAAAAUAACGAAAGGCAAAGUGUUAUUUGCUUUUCCAGACUGCUGCUUUACGUGAAGCUAUUCCUGGUGAUGGGCAUCAACUGGCUGUUGGAGGUGUUCAGCGCCAUUUACCCUGAAGCUGAAUACAUUUGGUGUUUCGUCGACGGUUACAACGUCCUCAUCGGCCUCAUUGUAUUCAUUAUAUUCGUAUGCAAGCGGAAGAUCUUCAGAUUGAUGAAGAAAAGGUUAGAUACCACCAAGUCCGAGGCGAUCCCAUGUCUAAGAGUCAAACUUCUACUCGCACUUUCUCCUCCAUCACCAGGGACGAAAUUUGUCUCACCUCUAAACCCUAAAUUAAAAAUAAAAUAACAUAAGUAAAAUACAUCACAUCAAAAACAUCUGAUUUCUUCAGAUAAUUCCUACCUACAAGUCAAAAUUUAAUAUUUUGAAAAGCACCCAACACUUAUUGUUUAGCUAGAAUAUUCAAACACAAAUUUUUCAAAUAAGCUCUUUUAUUCAAGUCUUUUUGUUGUUAAGUGAAGUCUGUCAGAGUCACACCACCGGCACAGAUCCGCAUCUUACGCAUCGCAUCAAACGGAUUUUAGUAUUAUUUGUAUAGAAAGUCAUACAAGUGCGUCCACUGAUCCGCAUCAUACGGAUCUUAUCUACAGUAAAAUACAAUAAAAAAUCCGUUUGAUGCGAUCAGUGGACGCCCACCUUUACUGGACGCCUACGUUUAGAAAGAAAAACUAUACGAUAUCUAUCUUCGGUGUUCGUAAUAUUAGGUAAAGACAACCAUACCAUGUUAACUAUUUACCUAAAGCUAAUGAACUGACACCAGAAGUAAUUAAUGUCAGCCACUGACGAUCAAGCAAACUCACUUGCCUGCAGCGCUAACGGCUUGACAGCUGAUAAAACAAAUCGGCAUGAUUUCAUGCACUUCACGACCAACCCACGAUCAGUUUUAUCGAACGUCAAGCCUUUAGCCACCUUUAGCGCUGCAGGCUUGUGAGUUUAUAUGUCACCAGAGUGACUAGCGUAAUUGGAGCUUUCCCAGGGAAAAUUCUUACAUUCUAGAAUUACAUGAUCAAAAUGACGAAAUUGAUUUAUUUAAGUAAAUCUCUGAAUUAUCUACCUAAUAGCAUAUCACUCACAUAGUGAUGAUGUAAAGAUUUUCUAAAGAUAAGACGUUCUAAAGUUAUGCUAUGUAUCUAUUCCAUAAUGUUUUCAGUUUUUCAUUUCAAGUAAGGAUAGCUCACAAGCACUUUUGCAAUGUCUCUCUCGGAAUUUAUACUGAGAAGCGUUAGUAAAAUAAUUAGUAGUUGCUCUUUUGAUAUAAUCAUCGCUUACAAUUACGUACAUUUAUAAAAUAUAUUGUACAAAUAUUGUACACUGUAGCGGGAAAUUGAAGAGGAAUUGAGUGCGCUAUAUAUCCCUAUAGAUUGAUCCAUCGCCACAAUCAAUGUUGGAUGUAAUGAUGGGUACCUAAUUAUUUAAUUAAAAUUUUCCAUAAAAUUACAUCAUUACAAUGUACUCGAAAUUAUGGCAGGAAGGAAAAUCAUGAGUAUUUCAGAAAACUGUUUAUUUAAACAUUAAUAGACGCCACAGCUGCGUGGUUCUAGUUCCCGUUGGAAUACAGAGACAAAAUAUAGCCUAUAGCACUCGGGGAUAGUGUAGCUUCCCAACAGUGAAAGAAUUUUUCAUAUCGGUUCAGUAGUUUCAAUGUUUCAAUGCAAACAAACAAACAAACAAUCAAAUCUUUCCUCUUUAUAAUAUUAGUAUAUGUGACAAAGUUCACAUACUUAAUUAAAUAAUCAUCGCUACAUUUGAUGGUGUGAUGAUGAAAGAGCGCGUUUCAAACAAGUGGCCUACAUGCUUACAGCUAUAGAUAGGGUUGUCAAUAUGUCUUGAGAAAAAUAUAGUAUUUUUCAGAUUUAGGUAUAAAAAAAAUAUAGUACGCUUAAAGAAAAUGUAAUAUUUUCCAGAUUAUGUGAAAACACGCGUAUAUUUAAAAAACUAUAUUUACUUGCACUUGUUGCAUUUUAUUUGUCUAAAAUAAGAGUGUCAUAUGUCAUGUUUCUAUAUGAUUUUUCACAUAUAAUUUUUAAAUUAUUUUUAUAUUUUUCAAAUCUAAAAGCAUUUUUCUUAAUUCACUUGAUUUAUGUUUAGAACUCGACGAAACAAGUUUGGAUACAUCAAACGCUAUUGCAUUUGUCGAAAUCUUAAAGAAAGAUUUGUUUCAUUAAUGAAAAUGAAAUGAAAUGUAUUUUUGCGUACUAUAUAUUUCUUCAACAGUAUAUAGUACGCAGACUCGUAAUAUAGUACAUUACUAUAAUAUAAUUAUAGUACAGCUGGCAACCCUUGCUGCAAACCACACGCAUAUUAUGAAAUGAAAGAAUUUAAAGAAGUCUUUGCCAACCACUCGUCACAUACAUACCGAGUUAUUUACUAAUUUAACUGUUUUUAACCGACUUCCAAAAAGUAGGAGGUUCUAUACCUUCGGCUGUAUGUAUGUUUUUCUUUUUUUAUGUAUGACCAGCGAUAUUUCCGUCAUUUAUGGACCGAUUUUGAAAAUCAUUUUUUUUUUAAUUUUUUAAAAUCUAAUUAUCAAAUGCAUUCCUAUAACUAUUGUACAAAUUAUAAGGUUAUAACGUACUACUAAGUAAUUAAUGAAUCACAAUAAACCCAUUACAGAUUAAUAUUAAUGUUGAAAUAAAAAGUAAACAUGAUAUUUCUUAACUAGUCUCGAAAAGUUAAUAAGUAAGUAGUUUUUUUUUAUAUUUUUUAUUAUUAUACUUAUUAGUUGUACAAUUUAUAUUUUUAAUAUAAAUAGUCGUCAGUCAACGUUUAUGAUAUAAUUAAAUUAAAAAUAGGUUUAAAAUGUUUUUUUUUUAUGAAAUGAAAUAUAGAUUUUAUUAAAGUGAAAAUAAAACGAAUAAUUAAAACUUUAGAAGCUACGUAUAAGCUGUUUUGGUGCAAAAUUUAUAUUGUUAACAGUAAUUUUAUUAACUAUCAUUAAUAUUAAAAUAAGCCUGGCAGCAAUGAUUAUAAAAAAAAUCCCCUGAGCGUGACAUUGAUAACCACAAGUAGAAAAGGAAUACUAAAAAAUAUGAUGGAUAAAUAUUUUUAUUGCAAUAUGCAUAUAGGUAUGCGUUAAAAUUUUCCCGCAUUCUAAGGAUAGGCGUCCACUUAUCCGCAUCGUAGGUACGCAUCGCAAAUUUUAAGGUAUAUUAGUGCAAUACGAUGCGGAUCACUGGACGCACUUGUAUAAUAUUUUAACAUAAACAAAGAAUACUACGUGCUAUGUGGACGCCUACCUUAAGACGUGUGACCCGCGCAACACAUGCGAUAUAAUAUUAUGUUUUUUUCUUACCCGUUCCCCGUUCUAUCUUCCCGUUCCGUAGUUGGGAUGUAAAUUAUUACAGGUUAUAUAUUAUUACAUUUAUUUAUCAAAGGCAUAGGCCUCAGGCUGUCUUUAAAAGGCUAGAAGGCUUUAGGAGAGGAGGUUUAAUGCUUCGACCACCAUGCUGAUUCAAUACGUGUUAGGGGCGCAAUAAUGUUGGACAAAGUAAUUUUUUGUAUAUAUUGUGGUUACUAGAGCUUAAUAAAGAAUUUUAAUUUAAAUUCCAUAAUGCAGGCUUUAUCGAUUCGCUGCCUACACGAAUAUUUCGCUAGCUGCUACAAUUAUUUUACAAACUUACUCAUUAUUUAAUACAUGUAUUAUGAUCUCACAGAAUGUAAAGCAUUUUUUCAUAAUCUCACUUUUAAUGUAAUGUAAAAUUAAGUUUAGAACUAGUACGAGAACUUCCUCUAUAAAUGGGCUAUCUAACAAUGAAAGAAUUAUUCAAAUCGGACCAGUAGUUCUUUAGAUUAGAUUAACACACCAUACACCAUUGACCUUUCUCUAUAUUAAACAUGGCACUGUUGUCACGUAGAAAGUAGAAAGUAUUUAGUUUAGUAUUAAGAUUUAUUGUUAUUUUAGGAUAAUUUUCCUGUAAUAAAAUAAUUAUGUGAUCUACCUCA